AUGUUAGCGGUGGGACAGAUGGAUGCUAAUCGCCAGAGCGCAUUCGUCCUUAGCAGUGCGCCGCUAGCCGCGCUGCACAACAUGGCCGAGAUGAAGACCUCCCUGUUCCCCUACGCCCUGCAGAAUCCCUCCGGUUUCAAGGCGCCGGCCCUGGGCGGACUCAACACGCAGCUCCCCUUGGGGACACCGCACGGAAUAAGCGACAUCCUGGGGCGGCCCGUGGGCAGUGCCAGCAACCUGCUGGGCGGGCUGCCCCGCAUCAACGGGCUGGCGGCCUCGGCCGGGAUGUACUUCAGUCCCGCUGCCGUCUCCCGCUACCCGAAGCCUCUGGCGGAGCUGCCGGGACGGCCGCCCAUUUUCUGGCCGGGAGUGGUGCAAGGCUCUCCCUGGAGAGACCCCCGGCUCGCCUGUCCCGCUCAGACUGGGAUGGUUUUGGACAAGGACGGCAAGAAGAAACACUCCCGACCGACUUUCUCUGGGCAGCAGAUAUUCGCUUUAGAGAAAACCUUCGAACAGACGAAAUACUUGGCAGGACCAGAGCGCGCCCGGCUCGCCUACUCCCUGGGGAUGACUGAGAGCCAGGUGAAGGUUUGGUUCCAGAACAGACGGACCAAGUGGCGGAAGAGACACGCGGCAGAGAUGGCCUCGGCAAAGAAGAAGCACGACUCGGAGACGGAGAAGCUGAAGGAGAGCUCGGACAAUGAGGACGAUGACGAAUACAACAAGCCCCUGGACCCCAACUCAGACGAUGAAAAAAUCACGAGGCUAUUGAAAAAGCACAAAUCCACGAACCUGUCCCUCGUCAGCCCCUGCAGCACCAGCUCGGAUACGUUGUGAGGGCGCGGGGCCGACGGCCGCGGCGGGGGUGAGUGUAAACUGGGUGUUUGAAGUGGUGUGUUGUACAGCCUAAGAUGUAUGUGAAAUGUAUAUAUUUUUUACAGAAUAAGUUAUGAAUUUAUUUUCUUUCUCGUCGAUGUAAAUUUCAGAGAAAUUUUUUCAACUUUUUGGGUUUUGUGUUCCUUUAAGGUUUCCUGUUCUUUACUUUAGCUUUCCUGUUAAUUUCCUGCUCCUAACAAUCAGGUUUUGUUACGUUUUCUAUGGGUCCCAAGUCCGAGCUCAGCCACUUUGUAUAUAGUAAAUUUCACAAUUUGUGAUGUAUAUUUCUAGUGUAAAAAACAGCAGUUUUCUUUCACUCCGUCCCUCAGUGUGUUGGCAGUUUCAUUUCUCCUGCCUCUGGAUUUUAUGCUUAAUAAUACCAAAAAAGCCAAACCAAUGCCCCAAAAAAGCACGAGAGGAAAAUGGACACUUGAUUUUACAUUAGAAUGUCUCCACACGUGUUGGAAAGACUUUGUAUAAAUCAAUAAAUUAUUUAACAACCUUCUCCUUU